AUGAUGUUGUUCCCAGUCUCGGGAUCCUUCCCCGAGGUAGUCUUCCAGCUCCAGGUCAUCGUCUUCAAAGCAGUCCCCGUAAAAAGACAUGGUGGAGUCGGCAGGAAAUGGCAGGGCCUGCCGGCAGGAGUCGGCAGGAAAUGGCAGGGCCUGCCGGCAGGAGUCGGCAGGAAAUGGCAGGGCCCGCCGGCAGGAGUCGGCAGGGCCCGGGCAGGCAGGGCCGGCUUAACCAGCAGGGAUGGCAGGACCAGCCGGCAGGAGCGGCAGGACCACCCGGCAGGAACGGCAGGACCACCCGGCAAGGGCGGCAGGGCCGGCCGGCAGGGGUGGCAGGUGCGGCAGAACCAGCCGGCAGGAUCGGCAGGUCCACCCGGCAGGAGCGGCAGGGCCAGCCGGCAGGGAUGGCAGGAGCGGCAGGACCAGCCGGCAGGGCGGCAGGGCCAGCCGGCAGGGCGGCCGGGCCAGCCGGCAGGGCGGCAGGGCCAGCCGGCAGGGCGGCAGGGCCAGCCGGCUGGGCGGCAGGGCCAGCCGGCAGGGACGUUUACCGGCCUUGAUGCGGACACCAAGUCCGCGGGGCAACUUGUGUCGCGACCGGGAUCCACCACCCCGGAAGCGGCACAGUGCCCUGGCCUAGGCGCUCGCGCCACCCGUCUCCGCAAGGGGACUACGGAGGAGGAGCUCAGCUCCGCGCAGCCGAUCCUAAGCGGCAAGGAUCUGCUGUGCGGUGUUGAGAAGGAUAGACGGCUCAGCGUGGUUCUCUCACGCUGCACCGCACCUGUCACCACGACGCCCGCUGGCCGAGAGGAUGAGUCAAUGCUAGACUCGGAUGACUCCUCUUGCGCCAGCAUGGUGACAGUGUCGUCGGAGAAUGCGGGCCCGAGAAAAAGUUUCCUAAAAAGGAACCGCUCGGACCCUGAGGCGGAGGACUCGGGAUCGCCUGCGUCACCCUUCGAGGGGGCGGGCCACCGGUCCAAAAGGGGGAGAGGUCGCCCGCCCACCUCCACCGGGAAGUAUGUCGGCCUGGCCGCAGCCAGGGCGGCAUACAACCAGGAGCUGGCCGAGAGCCUCCGGCUUGAGGCUGAAGCGGAGGUGGCGGGAGUGGCCCGGAACAUGAGGGAGGCUAGGGCCUCUUUACAGCCCAGCCCCCUCCUGCCAGCCCAAGAAGAGGAGGCAGAGCAAACCAGUGCAGCUCUAGCCAAAGUUGUGAAGACUUCGCUGGAAACCAUUACGAUGGUCGCCACGAAGUCUUCACAACUGAAAGGAACGGCGCGGACGAUGACGGAGGAGGUUGUGCGGCUGGAGGCUGCUAACUCCAAGCUCACGAAGGAGGUCGCCGACCUGCGCCGCGACUUGCAAGAGUUGCGGCAGCGACCAUCCCAGCCUGUGAGCUCGGAGCCUAGCCUCCGGCAGCUCCUGGAGGAGACAGCCCGUGCCAACGCCGAGAUGUUCGGCAACAUGCUGAACGCGCGGUUGGCCGGGAUUGAAGACCGUCUCCUCCCAGAGCCACGAAGGAGACCGCCGCUCGCGGCGGACACCAGAAGCGCCAGGGCAGACCCUGCUCAGUCUGCGCCAGCAGGGGCCCCGGUCGCUUCUACGAGAAGUAGUGGCCAGCCUGCCAAGCCCGCAAAGCCCGACAAAAAGGCCACACAAGAGGCUCCCGUAAACAGCCAGGCCUCUUCUGCUCCCACUUCUUCGGGAAAGAAGGGGAAGAGCAAGAAGAAGAGCCUGGCUGCACAGGAGGCGGCAGAGGCUCGGAGCCAGCCUGCCCCUGCACCAACGGCGGAGCCAUGGACCGCUGUUGUUGGCCGAAAGGCCAAGAACAAGGCGGCCAAAGCGGCCAAAGCGGCCAAAGCGGCCAAAGAGCCGCCAAAGCCUCGGCCCACGGCCCAGAAGAGGGCAAAGCUCCGGACACCAAGAACGGCAGCGGUAUCGCUGACCUUGGUGCCCGGAGUCGAGGAGAGAGGCGUAACAUACGCCUCGAUCCUCUCCGACGCCAAGCGGCGCGUCUCCCUCGCUGACCUCGGAAUCAGCAACAUGCGGUUCCGCAGGGCGGCGACGGGUGCGCGCCUGCUUGAGAUCGGAGGGGAAGGCUCGGCGGCGAAGGCGGACUCUCUCGCCAAGAAGCUGAGGGAGGUCCUCAGCCCGGACGCGGUCAAGGUCGUCCGCCCAGUGAAGCGCGCGGAAAUCCGCGUCACUGGGCUGGACGACUCAGCCGACGCCAUUGAGGUGGCCGACGCUGUGGCCAAGGAAGGAGGCUGCGCGGUCGACGACGUGAAGCAUGGGCGGAUCGUCGUCGGACCGAGAGGUGACGGGUCCCUCUGGAUCAGCUGUCCGGUCGCGGCCGCCAAGAGGCUGUCCGACUCUGGCCGACUACUGGUCGGGUGGACGUCGGCCAGAGUAAGGCUUCUCGACUCCAGACCGGCACGGUGCUACCGUUGCCUGGAGCCCUGGGCACCUCGGAGUGAAGUGCUCCUGCGAGGUUGA